CGUUUCUGGAAUACCCAGAAAGUCAAUAGCCCUCUCUCUCUCUCCUCGUCCGUGAGGCCGCCCAGACGUCUCUCCGAUCUGCUCCUGCCCUCCCGAUUUUUGUUGAGUAGUGUGGAGGAAAAAUCCUUCUUUGGGGGCUGUUGAGGCGGGUCUUUCGGACUUGGAAUUCUGAUUUCUUCGUAUAAGAUGCACUUCCGGUCAUCAUCAUAUCAAAAUGCAGGUGUUGCGCUGGUUUUUAUAUAUAAAUGGACGCCAAGAAGUUCAUCCAACUCGUCGAGGAAAAGAAGAAAAGAGCUUUGGAGAAGAAGGAAGCCCCUUUGAAAUGGGAGCAGAAGCUAGAAGCUGCAGCGAAGACUAAGGCUGAUGCUGAAGCCAAAGAGAGGAAAACAAAGGCUUCGAAGCAUAAAAGAAGAUCUGUUUCAAAGUCUGAUUCUGAUAGUGACAGUGAGAGUAGUCAGGGGAGAUGGAAGUGUAGUAAAAGAAGCCACAAGAAGCACAGGAAGCAUGCCCACUCUGACUCUGUUGACAAUGAGAAGAGGAAAGAAAAGAUAUCUAAGAGAAAGCCAAGGAGACGAUCUUUGAGCUCUAGUGAUAAUAGCGAUGAUGAAUAUGUAUAUGAUUCUGAAGAAGAUAGGAAGAGGAAGAAGCGUAGCCACAAAAAGCACAGGCACCAUGAUUUGAGAUCAGAUUCUAGUGCUUCUGAUUUUUCAAGUGGCGAGGAUGAUGAAGCAAUUGUUAGGAGAAGUCAUAGAAAGCGCCACAGACAUCAACACAGAUCCGAUUCAGAUGCUUCUGAUUAUUCAAGUGACGAGGAAAAUAGCAGAUUGCGAAGGGGAAGAUGUGAAAAGCACCACAAACGUCAUCGGCGGUCAGACUCUGGUUCUUUAGAUUCUUCGAGUGACGAGGAUGAGCAUGCAACAAAAAGAGGUGGCAGAAGACAUCAUAAACACCAUCGGCGAUCACACAGUGUUGACUCAAGGUCAUCAGAUUCUGAUUUCCAGAGGCACAACCAGAGUCGAUCUUUGGGAAAGUCAUCGGAUGAUGAUCAUGAACAAGCAAACAAGCAAUCGAAGCAUAAGAGAUGUGGUCACCAUCACCGCCAUCAUCACAUACAUCGGCACCAUGCCUCUGAUGACGAGAAAGUUCGGUCUCUUCAGAAUCUGACAGAACCUAAUGGAAAGCCCAUGGAGGGCGACGGAAACCCAACUGAUACCAAUGUUGCUAAUAAUAAUGCUCAAUGAUUUGAUAUGAUUUGCUUUGCUUCUUGUGUUAUUGGCGGACUAAUGAAACUUGAAGCGAAUGAUUGUAAUUUGUUCCUUGAUUUAUUACUUUAAUAGAGUUUAAGUUGCUCCGCGUUAAAAUGCUCUUUCUUUUUAAAAAAUAGAAUCAUUUAUAAUGGUUGAAACUCA